AUGUUUAUUUGUGAGAAGGGAUUCGACAAGCCAUACUACGAUACUGGCUUGAAUCCAUACGACAUGAACAAGAUGUACGAUGGACCCUGCGCGGUCAGGGCCUUCUGCCUCUCUAGGGGUAUUACCAAAUACCUCGACAGACCCGAGAUCCCCGCCCUCGGCGUCGACCCCUCAGUUCCGCAGAACUACUCAAUGUGUUCCGAGGACGUCAGCUUAUUCUUCUACAACUUCGACGACCGCUUCGGCUCGACAACCCCGUAUGUCCACGGCCUCCUCGAGCGCGGCGUGCACGUCCUCGUCUACGUAGGUACGUACGACUGCAGCUGGGUCGGGAACGAACGGUGGACGCUCGCGCUCGAAUGGAGUGGCCAGCCGGGUUUCAUGAGCACGCCACUGAGGAACUGGCAGGGGAAGGUGGCGGGGAGGACGAGGAGCGCGAGCGGGCCCGGGCUCACGUUCGCUACUAUAGACGAAGCGGGUCAUAUGGCUCCCUACGACAAACCCAGGGAAACCUUGCAAGUUGUAAAUGGUCAAUGGAUGAGAGCGGAUGCAUUGAGGGCGGUGUCCCUAGGCCUGAAGCUGGGGAUCAAGAAGUGA